GUCUCAAUACGAAAUAAGAACAUAAUCAUAAAUCAACGAAUCAUUUAGCCAGCCAGAAGUGUCGAGGAGACGUCGCCGACAGUGUGCAGAGAACCGACAUUCUUGAACCCUGAUCGAAUCAAACGCACUCCUCUUGACAAAGGUUGAUUUUCCACAACAAGCAAGAAGCAAUUUUGUUCACAAGUCGACCAGAUCUGACUGCCGAACAAGAACAAGUCGUCUGCAACAGAGAAAAAAGCGCCAGUCCGAGUCUUCAGCGUCUUCCCCGAAGGAAGAGCAGUCCGUCAGACGACCAACUACUUCACCGAGGACAGGCCAAUCAACAGAUCGAUUGUUCUAAAUGUACGAAUUGUUCAAGGGACUAUUUCGCUUCCUUGUGUACUCACAACGUGUUUCUGCUGGUGACAAUUUUAUCGAAGAACCAUUUCUUUUUGAAAGCCAAAUGCCCAAUAGGAAGAAUAAUAACAAGCAAAAGGCGAACAACGGUAAGUCACCCAAAAGUUCGAAUACUGAUCGUCCGAUGGCCAGCAAAAAUGGAAACACCGACAUUUCUAGUGGACCAGUGUCCGCUGAUGCACAGUCGUCCAACUCGGGAGUGGCACAGUCUCCAGAUCGACAAGACCCAUCCAUGACUGAACAGACAGCCAACGCUGGGCUACCAUCCAAUUUGGGCAACACGUCCACUGAUGGCCGAGAACUAUCGGGGGUUGAAUUUUCGUCCUUGGGUGGAGACCAAUCCUUGGCUGAGCAGUCAUCCAAUGACGGACCACUGUCAGAUUUUGGCAUCCUGACCUCGAAUGGUCGACAACCAUCGAGGAAUGAGUUGGCGUCCGGGGGUGAACCGGACCUAAGGGAGCACGGCAUAAUAUCUCUUCAGAACAGAGUUAAAACGGUCGAGGAUCGCAACAAGCUUAAUGCGAACGAAAUCAAACGUCUGAAGGAGCAGCUUGCCGAGCAGGAGGCGGAGACAAGGCUCUUGGCCACGGAGGUAGACACCUUGAGAAGUUCGGGCGUAGAUAAGGAGCGGGCGAGGAGGAUAUAUAAGGAUGAAGUGAAGAUACUGGAAGAGGUCCACCAAGAUAAAAUCCAAAACCUGAAGGAAGAACACAAUCGGGCUAUAACGGAUAUGAGGAAGCAGCACGAGAUGGAGGUUCAUACCAAGGAUGCAGAGCUGAUACGAGCUAAGGACGAAACAAUUCGGCGGGAGGCGGAGGGGACGGAGAAAGAACGGGAGCGGCACAAAGCUGGCAUGCAGACGAUAAUAGAGCUGUUUGAGGGCUUGGAUCGAAAGAUUGUUGAGAGGGUUGGGUUGAUUACUACAGGAGUAAUCUCUGCCGUGCAAACUGCGAAUGUGCAUAUCAUGAGAAUGGAUGGAAAGGUUGAUGGUUUCGAGAAACUGGUUGAAGACAAGCGCCAAGAGGACCGUGAGAAUCAGCUAGAUGUGGUGAACAAGCUGGAGGGUGUAGUCGAAGAAGUUGGAGAUGUUCACCAGACUGUAGAUUUUCUGAAACAAGAUGUGCGCCAGCGACAUGAAGAAAUGAAACAGAGCAUUGACAUGGCCUUUGCGGAGAUGGGCAAGAAGAUUGGAGCGUCGAUGAAUGUUAUGAUGAAGAACAAAGAUGAUCAAAACGAGGAGUUGCAACAGACGAUCCGAGGUUUGCAUGAGGAAAUCACCGCAAGCCAUUUGGUAUUGCUGGCGGCUCUACAAGGGGAGGACAAGAGCAUCAAAAUGUUGCACGCAAUCGGUCACUUAAGACAGCAAAUCGAAGACAAGAUUGAAGCUUUGCCACAAAAUCUGAGAAGAGGUGACGAUGCGUCGAUGACAGAGGCGAUGCGCAAUAUGAAGCAGUGGAUUGAGAACUUGACCUUCAAGGCGGAGAAGACCAACACAUUCAGCAUAUCCAGACCUUAGGUGUCACUCUACAGUUUCAUCAAAUUGGACUUGACUUUAAACCUACCCCUUAAUACAUAUAGACAAAUAAUUUGAUUUCAGCCUGGAGGGGUUACCUUUGCAUCACGGCAAAGGUAACUCACUGACUUUACAGCAAGUUAUAUUGUAUGUGCAUGUAUGUUUGUACUGACUGUAGUCCAAAUGGACACGUUUGAAAGGGAAUAAUCUGAAUUUAAUUCAAAGCAUAGAUGAUUUAUAAUCAAGAGCUCUUAUCGAUUGGUAAUAUUGGAUGAAGUUCCAUGCCACGUUUAGGACGAAAAUCUUUCCUAUUGCUGAGAGGAUGGAAACCUAUGGCUCGUUUAGGACGAGAGUCCAUUGCAAUAUUGCGACAUCCGUCAGGAAUUACAGAGCAUGCAGACAGAUGAUGUGAUGAACAGACGAAAGCAGUACACUUUUUAUUAUAUUAACAAAUCAUUGUCUUUAUUCUACCGCUCAUGUGAGAGAAAGUCUACAUUCGUUUUGAAUUUGACGACAGGCCAUAUUGUCUUAGAAAAUAGUGUUGGGCGCCGAAUUUUAAUAUUUCGGGCCUUCAGGUUUUAAAACAGUUUUUGACUACUCUGGCAACCAACACAAUUUUUCAGGACGCAGUCAUUUAGGGCGCACACGUCAUUUCCGUCCGUUUUUGUAUUGGGACGCCGUUAAAAUAUUUCUACAAGACAAAUUAGCUUACUCUGUACACAAUGAAUUAGUUAGCAGAAAAGAAUAUUACCUUAUUUAAAGUUCGUUCUAACUUAUAUGUCCACAAACGGUUGUCUGGUUGAGUAUUCCAUAUGAGAUGCAAUGACGUCACUCAGUGAUGAAAAUAUGAGUUUUCAGCCAUGACGUCACAUCCGUUCAAGUUCACUGACGUACAUGUGGGUACACCAUUACGAGAUCAAAUAUUUUGGGUUCAAUUCAAAAUUCAAUGAAAUGAUGGUUCUGACA